CACGCAUCAGCCGCUGUCCUCCCCAGGGUGGUUUUAGGGAUUCCGCAGCCUGGAAAAGCAGACCACCCGCCCCCACGGUUCGGCAAGCCUCCAAGCAAAUCUACCGAUCCCUCGAAAUCGCCCGCCCUCCUGCUAAGAAACCCCUUUUUGUUUGCUCUUGGACUCACUCCCACUCCUGUCUCUGGUUCUAAUAAACCGCAGCAGCAUCGGAGGAAGAGGAAUCUUCUGAAAGAUUUCACCUCCGAUCCUGUUCUUGCAGCCAUUUCCCUUUCUUUGGUCGUUCUUCCUCGCAAUGUUGGCCCGGGGCCCAGGUUUCAGCAACGGUCACCCGCCUCGGCCGCGGCGGGGGAGGCCGAGGGGGUUGAGGGACUCGUACCGGGGAUUGCUGCAGCAGCAAGAGCCGCCUUCGGCUCGACCGUGCACGGAAUUCGACAAGGCUUAUUUCCACGCUUACUCGCAUAUCGGUGUCCAUGAGGAGAUGAUCAAGGAUCAUGUGCGAACUGGAACUUACAAAGCUGCUAUCAUGCAAUAUCAAAAUUUAAUUGAGGGCAAGGUUGUGUUGGAUGUUGGUUGUGGCACUGGAAUUCUUGCUAUAUUUUGUGCUUUUGCUGGUGCUAGGCGGGUCUACGCAGUAGAUGCAAGUGAGAUUGCACUGCAGGCUAACGAAAUUGUGAAAGACAAUAAUUUAUCUGACAAGGUCAUUGUUAUGCUUGGACGAGUUGAGGAUGUCAACAUUGAAGAGAAUGUUGAUGUCAUUAUAUCUGAAUGGAUGGGCUACAUGCUCCUUUAUGAGACAAUGUUGCCUAGUAUAAUUUUUGCCAGGGAUAAAUGGCUCAAACCAGGCGGGCUUAUUCUUCCCUCUCAUGCCACGCUUUAUAUGGCACCAGUUACGCAUACUGCUAGGUACAGUGAAAGCAUUGAUUUCUGGCGUGAUGUUUAUGGAAUCAAGAUGUCUGCUAUGCUGCCGCUUGCAAAACAGAGUGCAUUUGAAGAGCCAUGUAUAGAGACAAUUACAGGAGAAAAUAUUUUGACGUGGCCAUUGGUGCAGGUUAUGGAAGUGGAUUGCUAUACAAUCAUAGUUCAAGAGCUUGAAUCUGUUACCGCAAAAUACAGAUUUUCAUCAAUGUUAAAUGCUCCUCUACAUGGGUUCGCAUUUUGGUUUGACGUCGAGUUUAACGGACCUGCAAUUUCUCCUUCCAACAACCAUCUACAAUUUCCUUCAGGAAGUCUGUCUUCUGAUCAACAUUCUCAAAGCUCUAGCCAGAGCAAGAAACGGGUAAAAUCUGAUGAAACAAUUGUGCUGUCCACUGCACCUGAGGAUGCUCCAACACACUGGCAGCAGACCCUGUUAUACUUAUAUGAGCCAAUAGAACUGAAGCAAGAUCAGAUAAUAGAGGGUUCUGUUACAUUGACUCAGAGCAAGGAGAACGCACGAUUCCUUAAUAUUCACCUUGAAUACUCUUCAGGAGGUCGAUCUUUCAUAAAGGAGUCUGUGAUGCGAUGAUAUGAUUUCCUACAGUCCCUCAACAGUGAAUAUUCUCUUAACUGGGCCCUCAUGAACAGUUUUAUAUUCAUGGGGCUGUAUGAUUAAUUCGCCACAAAGUUGCAUUUCUUAGACUUUGAAAGUACUUUAUGAACUUGCCAGUUUUGUAAAUCCAGUUAUGUUGGAAAUCCACCCCAUGCCAAGUAUGAGGUGUGAGAUUAUUGAUCAUGAGCUUUCAACUUAUACCAUUGGCAUCAGUGGCUGGGGAUAGAUUGCUUUGCGUAAUGCCUCUAUCGGAGGUGAUGUAAGAUGUACAUUAUGGUUGUAAUUCAUAAAAUCAGUUGUUACAUCACGCCCAUAAUUACAUGUAAAUCCAUUUCGUACAACAUUACUGUUGGAGAGAUUGCAGAGCAAUAAUUUUCCAAGUUGUAGUGUUUUGCUUCUCUGUUAGUUACUGCUGACUAUUAUUUAAUUAAGGUGUUGAUUGUGGCAACCAUGUGUG